CGCGCGCCCGCCCCGCCCGAGCAGCGGCCGCAGCCCCGGCCGGGCCCAGCGGGGAGAUGAACACGGUGCUGUCCCGGGCCAACUCGCUCUUCGCCUUCUCGCUGAGCGUGAUGGCGGCGCUCACCUUCGGCUGCUUCAUCACCACCGCCUUCAAGGAGCGCAGCGUGCCCGUCCGCAUCGCCGUCUCCCGGGUCACGCUAAAAAAUGUAGAAGAUUUCACUGGACCUAGAGAAAGAAGUGAUCUGGGAUUCGUCACAUUUGACAUUACUGCAGAUCUGCAGAGUAUAUUUGAUUGGAAUGUUAAACAAUUGUUUCUAUAUUUGUCUGCAGAAUAUUCAACGAAAAACAAUGCCCUAAAUCAGGUGGUCCUUUGGGACAAGAUCAUGUUGAGAGGAGAUAACCCAAGGCUGUCCUUAAAAGACAUGAAGUCAAAGUACUUUUUCUUUGAUGAUGGAAAUGGUCUCAAGGGAAACAGGAAUAUCACCUUGACUCUCUCCUGGAAUGUUGUACCAAAUGCUGGCAUUCUACCUCUUGUAACAGGAUCAGGACAUGUGUCUGUACCUUUCCCAGAUACCUAUGAAACAACAAAAAGUUAUUAAAUUAUAGUACUGAACCAUAAGCAAAAUAUUUUUAUACUUGUAUAUUGUGGAUACAUUUUAUUGCAGUUUCUUCUUGCAUCCCAUGCAACUUUUCACUGAAUGGAGCUUAAUUUCCUCAGGAUAGUAGCAUAGGAAAAGGAAAUGAAAAUUCGGUUGUUUUUUUUUUUAAUAGAACAUUGAAGCUGAAACUUGAAGGGAAAGGUAAAUUACAGAGUAACGGUUUUGAGGGGGGAAACUGAGGAUUUUUUUUUUUUUUCCUGGCCAUUCAAGUAUAGAUCUCCUUUUCUUUUAAAUAAAUAUUUUUAAACCAGAA